AUGCCUCAGGACAGAGCAGUCCGAAUCGCAGAGGCUGAAAAUGUACCAGGUAUUUCUGGUUCCGGACUCGACCGCCGCGAUGCCAUGUACGCAGUAGCAGCGAAUUGCCCCGAUGAUCCUGUCGAUGUGAUCAUUGGCGACUGGCUAUCUGAGGCGAACAUGACCCUCCGCGGAGCAGCAAAGAUAGCUGGCACGGGCGAGGCCUACGAACCUACCUUCCUCGACGCCCUUGAGCCAGCUCUUCCGCAUAUUGCAAAGCAUCGCAUCAAAGUCGUAGCUAAUGCGGGUGCUUCUGAUACAAAGCUGUUGCAUGACCUCGUACUCAAGCUGAUCAAAGAAAAAGAACUUGAUCUCGAUGUUGCCUGGAUCUCCGGCGAUGAGGUAAUGCCAGCUGUAAAGGAAGCGUUGGAAUCCAAGCAGGAUCAUUUCGAGAACGUCUACACCGGAGAGGUAUUGGCAGAUUGGAAAUUCAAGCCAAUUUAUGCGCAAGCUUAUCUGGGGGGCUUAGGUAUUGCCGAAGCUUUCGCCAGGGGUGCAGAUAUCGUGGUUUGUGGAAGAGUCUCUGACGCCUCUCUUGCCAUCGGUGCUGCAUACUGGUGGCAUAACUGGCAGCGCUCCUCACUGAACGAACUCGCCAACGCCUUUGUUGCGGGCCACCUCAUCGAGUGUUCCAACUAUGUCUGCGGUGGAAAUUACACUGGUUUCAAAGACCUGGAAUCCAAAGGUUGGGACGACAUUGGAUACCCCAUCGCGGAAAUUUCGAAAGCCGGAGAAGUUGUCAUCACCAAAAGCAAAGGCUCCGGAGGUGAGGUGUCAGUGGAUACCUGCUCCUCUCAGCUCGUAUACGAGAUCCAAGGUCCUUGGUAUUACAACUCUGAUGUGACAGCGAUCCUGGACGAGACCUGGUUCGAACAGCUGUCAACUGAUCGAGUCGCAGUACGAGGUGUCAAAUCUGAUCUACCCCCUCCCACAACUAAAGUCGGGAUAACAGCAAAAGGCGGCUAUCAGGCGGAAGUCCAUUGGUUCCUCGUAGGUCUGGACAUUGAAGCUAAGGCUCGCAUGAUGGAGGUCCAGAUCCGGCGCUUGAUGAAACCGUACAUGGACCGUUAUUCGAAGCUGACUUUCACUAUCAACGGUUCCUGUACAGACAAUCCAAGGGAUCAGAAUGCGGCGACAGUCGACUUCCGGAUUUUUGCCCAGGCUCCAGAUAUGGAAGCGUUGAAGCCAGAAGCUUUCCUGCGGCCCUGUCUGGAUCCAAUAAUGGAGGCGUAUCCGGGAGCCACGCCUCAUCUGGAUUUUCGUCAGGGGCUGCCAAAACCGAUAUACGAGUAUUAUGUCACCCUAUUGCCGCAGUCUGAGAUCAAGCAUCGCGUGCAUCUCUCUUCUGGAGAAACAAUCGAUGUUGCGCCGCCAGCGACUACGAAAGAUUGGCUGAAAAAGCAACCAGAUCAGGCUGUCACGAGCGGCGUGGUCGACCAUGCAAAGUUUGGAGAGACAUUGAAAGGUCCGUUAGGCUGGCUUGUCCAUGCGAGGAGCGGCGAUAAGGGAAGCGACUGCAACGUCGGAUUCUGGGUUCGACACCACGAUGAGUGGGAUUGGUUGCGGAGUUUGCUGAGUACAGAAAUGAUCAAGGAACUCCUUGGAGAAGAAUAUCGGGGGAAGCCCAUAGAUCGGUUCGAGCUCCCCAAUAUGCGAGCAGUGCACUUUCUUCUCCAUGAUCAUUUGGAUCGCGGAGUCAGUUGCUCCAGCUCAUAUGAUUUCCUAGGGAAGAAUGUUGCCGAGUUCCUGAGGCUCAACCGCGGCGACGACGCCGGGCAGACAUCCACCGUGACAGACAGACAAGAAGCUCCACCCAACAUCGCAACCAUGGCCAGCUUCGUCCCUCUCAACCCGCGGCCUAUGCUGCAGUCGCUUGUCGGCAAGGAAGUCCUGAUCCGCCUCAAGUGGGGUGAGACUGAGUACAAGGGCGUGCUCGUCUCCACCGACAGCUACAUGAACGUCCAGCUGUCCAACACCGAGGAGUUCAUCGACGGCAAGAGCACCGGCAGCCUGGGCCAGGUCCUGAUCAGAUCGCGUGCGCAAACAGAUGCAACAACGUCCUUUGGAUGUCCGCUGCGGACGCUGCAGGCAAGGGAGAUGCUGAAAUGA